CAAAAAUAACCAAUUUAAACCUAAGAACUGAAAGAACCAAACAAACCUUCAUUUAGAAAUGGAAGCUGACCACCAACAACUUGCUAUUGCUUUUGCUGCUCUUCUUAUUCAUGGAUGUGGAAAAGAAGUAAAUGCAGAAAGUAUUCUUGCUGUUACUAAAGCUGCUGGUAUUCAACUCGAAGGAUGGGCCAAUGCUAUGGCUAAAGCUUUCAAUGGAGAAAAAAUUGAAAAGCUUCUUGAAGGAUUCUCCUCAGCUGCCCCAGUUGCCGCUCCAGCUGCUGCUGUUGCUGCCCCAACUGAAACUAAAGAAGAAAAGAAAGAAGACAAAAAAGAAGAAGAGGAAGAAGAAGACUUCGGAGGAUUUGGUGAUCUCUUCUAAUCAAAUGGUUCGUUGUUGA